AUGUCGGCCGAGAAGGUUUCCAACCCGAACAAGCGAGGGCAGGAGCAUGUGCUGCUGAAGAGCACCACGGUUGGGUAUUUCUGUUCGAAAUGCAAACUGUAUGGCCAAGAUCCUUCAGCUAUCCGCCCACUGCCCUGUGUGGAGAUCGUUUUCAACUCAGACGAUGAGGCCGAGUCCCCCAAGCCGAAGCAUGCUGAUCUGAGAAAGAAAACCAAGCUUCUGAGGGAUCUGAAGGAGGAGACGUUGUAUCUCGAGCAAUUGCUCCUGAUGAAGAAGAAGGAAGCCCGGAAGAGGGAGCUCGCAUCUGCUAAGGAAGCUGCCGUUUGUGCCGCUAAAAGCAUGGAGGACGAGAAUCUUUCAAAGCCGGGUUGCUUGGACAACAUCGAGACCCAGCUCAUGCUAUCGCCAGGCCCGUCCCCUCCCAAGCCGCGAAGGUUGGAGAUGCCAAGCCCAACCCCAGAGCCAUCUGAGCCAAUCACGCCGACUGAGCGCGAGUCCCCCAUCUCGGACAACACACGUGCCCAGCUUCAAGAAGCUGGCAAGAAGAGGCCACUGCCUGAUUCGAUCGAGGUGGAGGCCUCGAAGAAGCCGUGUUUGCUGAAAUCCACUCCGCUGGCGAUCAUAGAUGGUUCCGUGGCACCAUCACCUGGUGCUGGUGAUGGUCUUCCGGCCGAGGCCCCACGGCUCGAAGCGGAAAAGACGGAGAAAGCCACAAGCCAUACUGAUCUUGUGGCAUACAUGUCACCCAAGGAGCAAACUGCUGCCAUCAAUGCGGCAAAGGCAGCAAAAAAAGCUGCAGGGGAUCCGGAUGAUGAGGAGGCUGAGGCUUCUGAGGGUGAUGAAGAUGGCGACAACGAGGAUGAUGAAGAAGAGAAGGUUUCUAAGAAGCGGAAACCCAAGGCAAAGGGCCAAGCCAAGCCCAAAGCGAAGGCAAAAGCCAAAGGAAAAGCGAAGGCAAAGGCCAAGGCGAAAGCUAAGGCCGGAGCCAAAGCAAAGGCCAAAGCAAAAGCUUUGGCCGGUGCAGCAGUGGAGCCGGAGCAGCCAGAUGAUGAGGAUGAUGAUGGUGGCGAUGCCGGCAGUAAGCCAGCCAAGGCCAAGGGUGGUGGCAAAGGGAAACGUGCCAAGCCCGCUGUGGAUCCGGAGCCGCUUGGCAAGGCGGCAAAGGUGUCAAGGGGGCGGAAAGCCAAGAAGGCUGAGGUUGAAGCCCAGGAGCUUCCUCAGCCAGAGCUGGCUAGCAAGGUGGCACGCAGGGGGCGAAAGAGCGCGGACGAGGCUGCUGGGCCGGAGGCGGGUGAUGCAGCAAAGGGCGGUGGGAGACGAGUCAGCUGGGAGAAGCUGAUGGCCGAGGCCAGCACAGAUGCUGAGAAGGCUGACAUCGAGAAGCGAUUCCUGAAGAGUCGCAAGUCGAAUGCCUAUCACCAGGCCCUUACAAAGGGCUUGAAGGGUGGCAUGACGAAGGAGAAGGCCAUCGAGUAUGCCAAGGAG